AUGUGGCUCUUAGGCCCCCUGACCACGCACAGGGGGGCAGAGCUUAAGGUGUGUUCCUUCUCUCCUUUUCUCUUCCUGCCCGGAUGUCUCUUGCCAGGGCUCCUGGCAUCUGCUCUGAGGAUGGCUGAGCUGCAGGCCGGGGAGCCCGAGUGCCCUGUCUGCUGGAACCCCUUCAACAACACGUUCCACACUCCCAAAGUGCUGGACUGCUGCCACUCCUUCUGCGUGGAAUGCCUGGCCCACCUCCGCCUGGUGACUCCCGCCCAGCACGGGCUGCCGUGCCCCAUCUGCCGCCAGCCCACCGUGCUGGCCUCCGGGCGGCCUGUCACUGACUUGCCCACGGACACUGCCAUGCUCACCCUGCUCUGCCUGGAGCCCCUCCCCAUCACCCUGGAGGGCCACCAGCUCUGUCUCAAGGCCCAGCCCGAGAGCCGCUGCUUCCUGCGCCAGCUCCAGGUCUGUACGCUAGACAUAGACAGGGAGCCCGGAAGCCAGACCGAGGGCCCCCAGGCCGUGGCCCCUGCCACCACCACCCGUGGGUCCCAUGGCAUCCCCACCUUCCGCACUCUGAGGCAGUGUGUGCAGGACCCCGGGCUCCCGAUCCUUGCCUACCUGAUGCUUGCCAUCUUCGGUGCCGCUCUAUUGUCCUUAUUCUUCAUCUCUUGGGCCAAGAAGUUCCUUUGGAAUGUGGGGUGAGCAUCCGCUCCAGACAAGGCACCGAGCCCAUCUCAGCCACUGUGGAUGCCGGGCCUGCAGAGCCUCAUGUCUUUGUCAUAUUGUUCAUGUUUAUAACCCACGGAUCCGGCGGGCUACGUGUUUGCUUCUGGGAACAGAGUCCCACUAUAAUGAGAGCCU